UGCUGCUGGGGACACAAAAGGGAGGUCGUUCCAGGGUGAAGUUGUCAAGGUCGUUUGGACACAGCGUGGUGACCCCGGGUUCCCAAUGGGGGUGCUGCCUGGGUCCCGGCUGCCAAAUGGCACAGAGCUGGGGAGCACAGAGGCGGCAGGCUCAGCUGUCCUCAGAGAGCACGACCCAGGAAGUGUUCCCGAUACUGGCGACCAGCCUGGACCCACACCCCGGACCCUGCCCCCUCGGGGGCCUACCAGGAACCGUCCAGGGACACAAGGACCGUCCCGUUCCCACUCGCUCUGCAGGAAGAAGGCCUCCCAUUGUGCGGGUGGAGGAAGCCCCCUGAGGGCCUGGGGAUGAGCCACGGGGAAUUCGGGGAACCACAUGGCUCGCAGGCCCCCGGCCCCCGUAUAAGGGCCCAGGCCCGCAGCCUGGCCUUCCUCAGUCCCGGGAGCUCAGCGCCACCACAGCCGCAGCCAUGAAGUGCCUCCCGCUCGCCCUGGGCCUGGCCCUCGUGUGUGGCCUCCAGGCCGCCACCGUCCCCCUGACCAUGGACGGCCUAGACCUGCAGAAGGUGGCUGGGAUGUGGCACUCCAUGGCCAUGGCGGCCAGCGACAUCUCCCUCCUGGACUCGGAGACCGCCCCUCUGAGAGUGUACGUCCAGGAGCUGAGACCCACGCCCCGGGACAACCUGGAGAUCAUUCUGCGAAAAUGGGAGGACAACAGGUGUGUUGAGAAGAAGGUCUUAGCAGAGAAAACGGAGUGUGCGGCCAAGUUCAACAUCAACUAUCUGGAUGAGAAUGAGCUCAUCGUGCUGGACACCGACUACGAGAACUACCUGUUCUUCUGCCUGGAGAACACCGACGCCCCCGGGCAGAACCUCGUGUGCCAGUGCCUGACCAGGACCCUGAAGGCCGACAACGAGGUCAUGGAGAAAUUCGACAGAGCCCUCCAGACUCUGCCCGUGCACGUCCGCCUCUUCUUUGACCCGACCCAGGUGGCAGAGCAGUGCCGCAUCUAGGUAGGAGCAAGCAGACCUUUCGGUCCCCUCCUCCAGAAGGCAGACGUCUCCUUGUCCUCUCAAAGAGGAAGCCAGAGACCUGGUCCCGUCCCCUUCCUCCUUCCUGGUCCCUGUGCUUGGGGGCCGGGCACCUGCUCUCUGAAGAUUCUAAAUAAAGCCGCAUGACCUCUG